AGAGAGAGAGAGAGAGAGAGAGAGAGAGAGAGAAGGAGCAGUAAUUGAUGGGGUUGCACCAGGCGACAGCGGUGAAGGCGGGGCUUGGACUGCUAGCCUUAUGCGUGUUUGGCUAUAUAUUGGGGCCUCCUCUCUACUGGCACUUCAAGGAAGGCUUGGCCGCUGUCAGUCGAUCCUCUUCCUCUUGCCCUGUUUGUGUAUGUGAUUGCUCUUCUCAGCCUCUUCUCACCAUUCCUGACGAGCUGAGCAAUGCCUCCUUUGCAGAUUGUUCGAAGCAUGACCCAAAUGUGAAUGAAGACAAUGAGAAGAAUUUUGCUGAGCUGUUGACUGAGGAGCUGAAGCUACGUGAAGUUGAAGCUCUGGAAAGUCAGCAACGUGCUGAUGUGGCUCUGUUAGAGGCUAAAAAGAUGGCAUCCCAAUAUCAAAAGGAAGCAGACAAGUGCAGUUCAGGUAUGGAAACUUGUGAAGAAGCAAGGGAGAAAGCUGAAGCAGCAUUAGUAGCUCAGAAAAAACUGACAGCACUAUGGGAACAAAGGGCUCGUCAGAAAGGAUGGAGAGAAGGUGCCGCCAAAUCCCAUGUUCAAUCUCAGGGAAAGGUCCAGGCUGCAUAGAAAACCUCCUCGGGCCAGGUUUGCAUUAUACGCGUAUAUCCGAGUAAAGAAAUCCUUAGUAGUCUUAUUUGUGUAUGUUAAGUUUCAUGGUGAGUGCAAUAUUCAUUUCCAGGGAGCCAUUGAAACUUUAAAGCAACCAAGCUGCGCAAAAAGGAUCCCCUUUUUUUGUUCUUCUCCCAAUUUGUUUUCUACCUUGUUUUGACGAAAAAUGCUUGACAUGAUUCCUUGCUUGCAAGAGAAUGCCUUAAUUUAAGUGAGUGCAAGGCAACUAUUAAAUGAUA